AUGCGCUACCGGCGUAACGGUCUCAACUACUUGCGGGACUUUAUUCAGGAGCGACUCGACGGCAAGGUUAACGAAGAUGGCAGCAAACCACAUGACCUGGUCCAGUGGCUCAUUGACGCGGCACCACCGAUAGAGAAAACCGUCCCGCAGCUUGCCGAGCGCGUCAUGGCUCUCAAUGUUGCUUCCAUUCAUACAACCACCAUGGUUUUCACCGCGGCCUUAUACUCCUUAGCCCAGGAGCCCGAGAAAUAUCAGGACAUCCUUCGCCAAGAAGUCGAAAACGCUCUUGAAAACGGGGUCAUUACCUCUACGACGCUGGCCAAUCUGCCUAAGAUGGAGAGUUUCCUUAAAGAAUCGGGACGAUUUAAUGGUGCAGGUCUGAUGUCGAUGCAGCGUAACGCCCGGCAAGAGUUUCGCUUCUCGGACGGCACCGUCCUCCCAGCAGGAUCCAAGGUCGGCACCCCAAGCCUGAUUCUCCAUCGGGAUGCUGGCGUAUACGAUAAUCCCGAAGUAUUCGACGGCUUUCGGUUUGUGGCACCCAAGUACGCCGGGUCCAAGGAGGCGAGUCCCGUGAGCACGUCAUCAACUUAUCAUGUUUUCGGCCAUGGAAGACACCCCUGCCCUGGUCGCUUCUUCGCCGUCAACGAGAUGAAACUAAUGUUUUCGUUGUUGCUUCUGAGAUACGAUAUCAAGCUAGCACCGGGGGACCAGCCUAGACCGUGGUUCAUUGCGACUAUGAGCAUCCCGGACACGGCUUUGAAAGUUCUAUUCAAGGCUCGGAGUGUCAAGGACACUUCUUGA